AAGGAGCCAUCAACCUCAUAUAUUCAAUUGAAUGAAAGCAAAAGACACUCUAAAAAUCUUUAUUCAAACCUUGGAAAAUAACAGGCUUAUCAUCCCUCCACCUUGUUGACAACUACUCAUUGAGAGAAAGAAUUAAAGAACCUUGAAAAUAAAUCAAGAAUCUCAAUGACUACUCACCUAAAUCUUCUUCUACCCAAAAUGAAACUAACUCCAUUAUUGUUUUUCUAAGAUCAAGAAACAUUAUCUAUCAAUGGCUAUGAACACCAGAAAACUACUUCAAACUGCAAAUCAAUCCAAAGAUUGUUUGUAUUUUUGUGAUUCAACAUGUCCUGAUAGUUGUUAUCCAUAUGUAGACUUGGAUUAUUACACACCACCACCACCACCUCCGCCGCUGCCGCCGCCACAAUUAAGUAGCAAACAUCAUCAGAAUAUAUCACCUUAUAUUAUCAUCUCUGUUGCCUUAUUUGCUAGCUUGUUUCUUCUUGUUAGCUACUAUUUGAUCAUUGUUAAGAACUGCUUGAAUUGGAACAGAAGAAGAAGUACCUCAGCACAAGGCUCCAAUGAAGAAUUUUUCGACGAAAAUCGAGCUCCUAUAAUUGAUCAUCCAAUUUGGUACAUCAACACUGUGGGUCUUCAACCAUCUGUUAUUGAUAUGAUAACUAUUUUCAAGUUCAAAAAAGGGGAUGGUCUGAUUGAAGGAACAAACUGCUCUGUUUGCUUGAAUGAAUUUCAAGAAGAGGAGUCUCUUAGACUACUUCCAAAUUGUAAACAUGCUUUUCACAUCCAUUGUAUUGACACAUGGCUUAGAUCACACACCAAUUGUCCCUUGUGUCGUGCUUCUAUCGAGCCGAAUUUAGGUACUAGUUUCAGUACCAAUGAAGAAAGGAUGUUGGAAAUUGAUGAACAGAGAGAUGAUACUGGAGAAGUAAAUAGUAACAAUGAGGCCACAGAUGGCGAGAUUUGCGAAAAUGCUGGUGAGCAAGAAGAGUUUUUGCAGAUUGAGAGCCUGGGAACUUCAGCAAAAAAAGUUAAUACCAAAUGGGAUAGUGUAAAUGGAGAGGUACAAGGAAUGAGGAGGUCUGUUUCAGUAGAUUCUUCAAUUAGUUUAAAUAUAGGACUUGGUAUGUAUAUGUUGUCAAGAAUGAGUAGAGGUGAAAAGGGAUGUGUUGAAACAGCAAAACUGGAGGAAGCUGUUGGUGAAAAUUCAAGUUCCAUGGCAUUGUCUCUGCAUAAAGAACAUGUUUUGAUGAAGAGAUCAUUUUCAUAUGGUGGUAGGUCUUUCUUCUCAAGACAUCAUCGUAGCUCCAGUUCAGUACUUCCAUUGUGAAACACCUUUAGUUUCUUUCAUACAACAUUAGCUAGGUCGAAGUUCAAGGCACAUAACAUCAGCUUUAUGGUUCUGAAGAGGACCAUUUAUGAACCAAGAGGAAGAUUGAGGAUUUUGGCAACCAUGAUAUCACAAGAUAUGACCCCAUGGGGUUGUAUUUGUAUGCUAGUUUCAAGACGACUGAAUUCUCAUUGGUUUGCACACUGUUGUAAAUGCAUAAUAUAAACAAGUUUUUAGUCUCUAGUUAAUUGCGGAAACAAUCUUCUUCUUCUUUUUUCUUUCUACUUCCUCCCAGGAUUGUAUGUUGUAGUUGGUACCAGAUUAAUUAGUAUCUGGAAGGACAUGAAUGAGCACUUUGCUGAGCAAGAAAGAUGAGGUAAAUUGGAUGUAUAAUGUGGGUUGCAUAAUGAAAUCUGGUUAACAUUCUGCAA